AUGUUUAAUAAACAACGAUAUAAUAGAGAUAAACAAUGUUAUGAAGUUAAAGAUAAAAAUAGCAGUUCUAUCAAAUUAUCUGAUCUAAUUCUUUAUAUUAGAGAUCAUAAUAGAUUUGAACCUUAUUCUCUUUCUGAUGUUUUACAUUUGAAAUCAGAUUUAUCUGAAUAUGUAUUACAAUCAUUAAAUACACUUGAAUACUUACCUUUUGAAACAAGAAAUGUUGAAGUAAAUAAAUGUAAAGGAAUAAAUCACUCUUAUUGGUAUGCUGAUUUCGAAGCUUCUACUCAAGGUUAUCAUAAUCCAUAUCGUGUUUGUUAUUCUAAAAGAGGUGAAGAUAAAAUUUAUAAUAAAUAUGGCAAAGAUUGUGCUUAUGAUUUCUUAUGUGAUUUACCUCAUAAUGCUGUUUGUUAUUUUCAUAAUCUUAAAUAUGAUGGUUCAUUCCUUGCUAGAUAUGGUGUUAAUAGAUGUAUUAAGAAAUCAGGUAAAAUCAUGCAAAUGACUCUUAAAUUCCAAGGUAAACAAUUAACUUUUAAAGAUUCUUAUGCUUUAAAUUCUACAUCAUUAGCAUCUUUUCCAAAGAUGUUUGAUUUAUCUAAUAUUCAAAAAGAGAUUUAUCCAUAUAACUAUUUCAAUAAGGUUAAUAUCGAAAAUAAUAUUGGUACUAUAUUAGAAGCUGAUAAAUAUGAAAUAAAACCAUGGACUGAAGAACAAUUUGAACUAUUUAAUGAAAAGAUUGAUAAAAUUGAAAAUUGUAAAACUUAUGAAUUUCAAUCUGAUAUGAAAGCUUAUUGUGUUUUCUACUGUAAUCAAGAUGUUAAAAAUUUAAAACAAGGUCAUUCUAUAUUUAGAGAUAUGUGUUUAGAAUAUUUAAAUAUUGAUGUCGAUAAAGUAAUUUCAGCAGCUAGUCUAGCUAAUACUUACUUCAAACAUAAUGUAUAUUCAAAGAUAGAUAAUUUAAAAGAAUAUGGUGGUAAAGUUAGAGAAUUUAUUCAAGGAGCUAUUUAUGGAGGUAGAUGUAUGACUAGAGAUAAUAAAAAGUGGUAUGUAAAUGAUGAAUUGUAUGAUAAUGAUGCUUGUUCAUUAUAUCUAAGUGCUAUUAAUAGAUUAAAAUUAGCAACUGGUUCUCCAAUUGUUAUUACUGAAGACAUGUUACAAAAUAACUACUUAUUAGAACAUUUAAUGGAAGAACAACAAUUAGAGCCUACAGAAUUAUAA